AUGGAUACGAGGAAGAGAAGGCCUGACGGGGCAGCUAACAGCUUCAAUGGCGGAUUCAAGAAAUCUAGACAAGAAACAGACUCGUUAUCAACUGGUGUAGGAAGCAAAUCGAAGCCAUGCACCAAGUUUUUCAGCACUGCUGGCUGUCCGUUCGGCGAGGGUUGCCACUUCCUGCACUAUGUACCUGGUGGGUACAAUGCAGUGUCCCAACUCAUGAACAAGUCAUCCAGCACACCCAUGCCAAAGAACAACAUGCCUCCGCCUCAACCAGGCUCCAACGGCUCUAAUAAUGCACACUCAGUAAAAAACCGCUUGUGCAACAAAUACAACACCGCUGAAGGAUGCAAGUAUGGUGACAAGUGCCAUUUUGCACAUGGUGAGUGGGAGCUCGGGAGGCCAGUUGCUCCAUCUCUUGACGAUCAUCACCAUCGUAUGCUGGGCCCACCUCCUCCAGGUCCCCGCAUGAUGAACCGGAUGGAGCCGCCUCCACCCGGCCCUCUAGUCGGCUUUGGCGAUACUGCUACCGCAAAGAUCAGCGUUGAUGCGUCCCUGGCAGGGGCCAUCAUUGGAAAAGGCGGUGUGAACUCGAAGCAGAUAUGCAGGCAGACAGGGGCCAAGCUAUCGAUCAGGGAGCAUGAGACGGAUGCUAAUCUAAGGAACAUCGAGUUGGAGGGUACGUUUGACCAGAUUGGUCAAGCUAGUGCCAUGGUCAAAGAGCUAAUCGCAAAUAUAGGUCCAGCUGGUGGCCACGGCCAUGGCAAGCCGUCGUCGGGUGGAUUCUCGGGGGAGAAGCAUCAUCCUGGAAGCAACUACAAGACGAAGAUAUGCGACAAUUUCAACAAAGGUGCUUGUAGCUUCGGUCAGAGGUGUCAUUUUGCUCAUGGAGCUGCUGAACUGCGCAAGUCAGGGGUAUUAUGUUAG